AGUAAGUAAUUGUAGUGAAAAGAAGAUGUAGUAACAGGAAUAAAAACGGGUAUGUUAAGAUGGUUUGGUCAUGUGGAGAGCAGGAAUGAAAGCAGGUUAACUAAGCAGAUAUACAAGGAGAGUGUGGAGGGAAAGGUCGGAGUGGGAAGUCCUAGACGCCGAACUUGCAUGAAAAGAGUUAUGAAUGUGGAUGAAGCUAAGGAAGUAUGCAGCGAUCGUGGCAAGUGGAAUGAUGUAGUCUCUGCCUACCCCUCCGGGAAAAAGUCAUGAUUUAAUGUAUGUAUGUAUAUAUAACUGUAGAGUUGUAUCACUCCGUCGCAUUCCCGUGGAUGUUGUAUUGUAAUACGUAACUGGUGAUAAGGAGAUUAUGCCCUUUCAAUUGUUGUAACGAUUGCAUUCACAAGGAGAAUUGACGUCAAGCAGGACAGUAAAGAUAUAUAGCCAGAUCCUUUUAAAUCUGUGGCCAAAUCUAACACCGACCUCGUACCUAGUGAUUCCUCUUUAACGUGACCUUUGACCUGUGAUCUUCUUCUUUUCUUCGUUGUGGCAAUCAUACUUCUUUUUGCUUAUUUUUGCCAGUGGCGAGUUUAACAUAUAUGAUCUGUGCUUAUGUUUUGAGAAAAAAAAACAAGUGCAUGCCUGUCAUUACAAUCUGUCACUGUCAUAACGGUUCGUCACAUGAUAAUGACAUUGAUUUAACAACAAUUAAUUUUUGUUGGUUCGCUUUGGUGUUUGUUUAUUUAUUUCAGAAAAUAAAAAUAAACUUUUGUGGUUGUUGAGCACAAAUAAACUAUUCACAUUCCAAAAUUUGUAUUAUUUUUGUAGAAUUGUGCUAUGAUUGAAAUAUCCCAAUAAAAAGAAAUGUUUAGAAGUGUCUAACAAUGUAAAUGUAUUCAUUAUUUACCAAGUUACAUCAUUGCGAAUUGGAGAUAUAGGACACGAUAAAUAAAAUAAUACAUAUAUCAAAUCAUCGUAUGGCACGAAAUUUUAUUUCAUUUUCCAUUACAAUAAAAUGUUUGAAAAAUAUGGUUCGCCUGUGCACGCGGGUGCCGCUAGGUAUAAGUUUCUUACUCGCCGUGUUGUGCUAUUGGCUGCUUAUCUACAGGAUAAGUUUACUGGAUUCACAUAAAAAGAGUUAUGGAGCGGCUGCAGUAGCGAGGCCGGUGUAUCAUACCCAGGAAAUUCCUGAUGUUGGAAAUUUAUGUGAAACAGUACAUCUAUCAUUAAUAUGUAUGGGAAAAUGCAUGCAGCUUGUCACUCCCAUGUUGAAGUCUUUAUUGCAUCACAGACAAAACCCAAUACAUUUUCACAUCAUUGUUGAUGGAUCCACAGAGCACAUUAUUAAAGAAUUCUUCAGGACAUGGGAUUUACCUGAUGUAAAGUACACCUGCUACAAUGCCCAAAAGUUUUUACCUCAAGUAAGCUGGAUACCGAACACCCACUAUUCCGGAGUUUACGGCCUCACCAAACUGUUGUUUCCGGAAAUUCUGCCAAAUUCCCUAGAGAGAGUCAUUGUGCUUGACUCUGACUUGACGUUUCUAUGUGAUAUAGCUGAGCUGUGGACUUUAUUUAGAAACAUGGCAAAAGCACAGAUAAUAGGCCUAGUGGAAAACGAAAGCGAUUGGUAUUUAACACCCAAUCGGUGGCCGGCGAUCGGGCAAGGCUUCAACACGGGCGUUAUGCUGUUAGACUUGAAGAAAAUCCGUGAAGACAUCGCUUGGAAAGAUUUAUGGCAGAACGCAGUCUACUCCAACCUUCGUGUGGUGAAGGAGACGCAACUGGCGGACCAGGACGUGCUUAAUGCGGUCAUCAAGAAUAAUCCAGACAUUGUAUAUAGAAUCAGCUGUCAGUAUAACGUUCAGAUGUCAACGAGAUCUUUAGCGAAAAAGUGCCAUGGAGAAGAUGUGACUAAAGUGAAGAUAAUCCAUUGGAAUUCGCCGAGCAAGUACAACAUUAGGUUAACAGAUUCACUAUUUUUUAAGAAUAUAUAUCAGAGUUAUGUUAAUUUUGAUGGGUACCUGUUGAAAGAAAAGUUGCACAGAUGCAGUCAAGUCGAGACUGUUACGUACAAGAUGAACCACUCAGACCUCUGCAUGAGUUUCCGCGCCGCCCAGCGAGCAGUCCUGCGCACGCACAUAUAUUACAUGGACUACAGCUACAACAACAUAGACAAUUUUGACGUCACGUUAGUACUACAGUUGUCUAUGGACAGGCUGCAGUUCUUGGAAAGGCUCGUCAAGUAUUGGGAAGGUCCCCUGAGUGCUGCCAUCUACCUGUCAGAUUGCGAAGUGGCGAAGUUUGAGAGCUACAUCAGAAAUUUAUCGGAUACGUUGAGCUCACGACGCAACAUCGGGUACCAUUUGGUGUUUCAACAGGACAAUGUACAUUACCCAGUGAACUACCUUAGAAACGUGGCCCUUUCUAAUGUAGACACGCCAUACGUGUUCCUAAUGGACGCCGACUUUGUUCCCAUGGUCGGCUUGUACGAGCAUCUGAGAGAAGCUAUUCGUCUCACCAACCCUUAUCCACAGAAGAAGUGUCUAGUUGUGCCAGCCUUCGAAACUCAACGUUACCGAGCGUCGCCGCCCCGGAACAAGGCAGCCUUACUCGCUCGAUUGAGUUUGACCGGCGACAUAGCGCCUUUCCGCUCUAGAGAGUGGCCUCGAGGUCACCGCGCUACUAAUUAUACGAGGUGGAUUAACGCUACGGCGCCUUAUGAGGUCGAGUGGCAGACUGAUUACGAGCCUUAUCUAGUGGUACAUAGAUCAGUGCCCAAAUACGAUACUCGCUUUUCCGGCUUUGGAUGGAAUAAGGUGUCGCACAGCGUGGAGCUGCGCGCGCGCGGCUACCGCGCCGCCGUGCUGCCGCGCGCGUUCGUGCUGCACACGCCGCACGCGCCCUCGCCCGACAUCACCGCCUUCCGCGCCGACCCGCACUACAGAAUAUGUUUAGCACUCCUGAAACAAGAAUUCAUGGACGAUUUGAAAAAGAAGUACAAUAUUACGUUCGAAGAUUCCAAGCCCGAAACAGUAUAUUCUGCACAAGCGAAAAGCCUUUUUCUGAACAUGGGGAAGGAUGACGAACAAAACUGAACUCUAACGUUGUGAUACGUGGUUUGAUUUGCCAAAGCAUUUUUGCCAAUUUUCGUAUGCCUGCCUAUGCUUUAAAACAAAAGUAGACAAAUCACAUAUCUGAUUGGCUAAUUCUGAAAAAAACUAUUUUUUUUACAUUUUUUAUCUACUUACUGUAGAAUUAUAAAGCUUGCGAUGUAUCUUCUUUGGCAAACUUUCGUCGUUUCAAAAGUACAGUUGUAUAAAACUUGAGUAAAAAGAGAUAAAUAAUUUUAAAAAAAUUUACAUACGUGAUUGAGGCCUAUUAUCUUGACUUAGUAACUAGUGAAUGUAGAUGAAAUAGUACCAUUGUAUUGAAAAUCUUACUUAGUAACUCAGUAAUACUGUAAACGCAGAAGUUUCCUUGUUUGAAUAUCCGUAUAAUAUGUCACAGCUGAAAUAAUGAACGAUUAAUUGAAUAAAUCUUAGACUUAUAUAAACAAAAGUGAAAACACGUAUAAUGUACCCAUAUAAUCGUCUCCUUACUCCACAAUUUAUGAGUGCAAUAUUUCAUGGAGAUCAAUUGUUUUAAAGUGAAACACUGACCAACAAACACAAUUUCACAUUUAUAAUAUUAGUAUGGAUACAUGACAUCAGAAUUAAACAAAUUACAAUUGAACGAAGCCGCUAACAGUACCUAGGUAGUUUAUUAUAAAAUGCCAAAAAUAAAGGUAUGCCUUAUAAACGUAUAGCCCCAAGACGUACAAUUUGCUUAUUGCAAUCACAGAGGAUGCUCGCUUGGACUAUAUUGUCAAAAUAUUCGUUAUACAAGCCACCAAGUCACGAUCAAAAUGUCAAUUCAAUCUUAAGACAUUUGAGCUGAACGUGGCCUUAUGUCAUGACCGUAGUCUUUUCGAGAACAUUGGCUCUGCCUUCAUAUAAAUGUAUGUAUGUAGUUUUAAUACUUAAAACUCGUGGUUUUGUUUUGUAGGAACAGAGUAUGUUUCUCUGCCAUUGAUUGUAAGUGCAAACGAACAUUCUCAGUGAUUAAGCGCCCUAAUUAUAAUAAUAUUAAAUAGUAUAUCUGUCAUAAAUGACAGAAUAAAAUAAGGCUGUGCGCUGUUAGAGUAUAUUCCUUAUAUAGUGUUGUGAAUAUGAAUUCAUAUACAGUACGAUAUAAUAGUUUUUUUGUAAAUAGAACAUAAUGCAUUAUUAACAGGACUUUGCCAACAAAAUAUUUAUUUGCCAAAACAUUGACUUUUAAAUCCUUUACGUCAAACUGGGUUAUAUACUUUUUUCUACUUUAUUUCAUUUUAUUUUCAUAAUAUUAAGUGAGGAAUAGGCAUAUGACAAGAGAUUCCGUAUAUUGGUUUAAGAGACAGACGAUUUUUUUUUUAUAAUCUCAUUGUGCUAAUUAAUACUAGAAGAGUUUUAGAUAUAGGAAAAUACUAUAAGUUUACUCAAGUACAUUAAGUACAUAAUUUUCAAUUUUAUUUAUAGAUAGGCUUAACAACCUUUUAAGCCCCAAAUUUGCUUAGCAUAAAGUGCCCAUUAUGUGAAUUCUUAUAGAUUAACAUUUUAAUGCAAAUAAUAAUUAUUUUUAUCAUAAAUAUUGGAACAAUUCCCGUUCAUACCUACAUAAAAUAAUAUUUGCCUUAUUUUUAUAGCAAUACAGUUUUCUUUUACAUUUAUUUUUAUACAUUUUAUACAUCGCGUAGCAUAGAAUACUCAAUCAUGCGAGCAAGUCUGCGUAGGUACAUGUAGGUGCCAUUAAGUAAUGAAACACGUACUUUAUCAUUCGCAGGCGAAAGGCAUUUUCAUGAAAUUAUUUGAUAUUACAUUCUAUUUCCUUACCGAAAGAGAGAUUAACGAUUGUAGCAAUAUUUUUUCAAAACUUGUAAAAGCAGAGUCUUUACAUUAGUGAUGUCCGUAUGAUCUCGAUCUGGCGUCAGUCCUUGUAGCAUCCUCACCUCUCUGGAGAGGAGCCCAGGGUGCGCCUAUGAACACGGUCCUGAUUUGGCUGACCCUGAAGUCGGGUUUUUGCACAAUGCUGACCUCCGCGACCUGACCUUAUAAUGGUUACACAUCCAGUUGCCUGAAUGUGUUGGUUACCUUAUGAUGUUUUCUUUCAUUGUAUGAGCAUUGUUUAGCAAUUAAACAAUGGUAUUUAUGUUGUGUAUGUAUAAGUUGGCAAUAUGAAAAAGGGUAUUUUUUUUUUACAUAUCUUCUAUUUUAUAAUAGCACACAUUCCACAAAUUGGUGCUUAAUUUUGCCCUAUAGUAAAGCACCGUUUGCCUUUUUUCUACGGCAAUGGAUUUCAAUAUUUUUCUUAUAGGUACUUUAAACCUUUGCUGUCUUUAGAAGGUGGCCCAAUGCGAUAGCUAGCUUAUACGAAUCUUGAAAGUACCAAAGAUGUUACGCAAUAUUUUUAUUGUAAGUAAUGUUAGUUGUUGUUUUAUCAAAUGUUAUAAUUGUAAUGAAGAAUAACUCGUGGCAAUACUCAAUAAAGACUCACAUGUGACAUUCUAUGCCUUCUAUACAUAAAUAUCAUGAAAAAGUUUUAUUUUAUUUUUAUAUUUUGUAAGUUGGAAACGCGUACCACUUUUUCUAUUAAAUUAUUUUAAAAACAAUAAAAGGUUUUAUUUUUAAAGAAUAUAAUAAAUUAAUUUAAAGAUGUUUCUUUUACGUCACGUUACGAAGAAAGUUCUUCUUAUUGUAAAAUCGCGAUAGCAAAUGCACUAUGAUUUUCGAGCCAUGAAUCGAACCUACCUAUAUAUUUUAUUAUUACAAUAUUUUUAUGGUUUUGGGUUAUUAGGUUUUCUAAGCCCGUGGAUGUGAUUUCAUAGUUAUAAUUAUGAUCUGAUGUUAUUUAAAUAUAUAUAAUAUAGAAGUGGGUUCUGCGAUACAAAGCUAUAUUAUUAAAAAUAAUCUUCUAGGAAACAUAAUCUAAGUAUGUAGUAAUUUUUUGUUACCAGAAAAUAACAACUAAAGAUUUGUAUAUUGCAACUGCAAUAAUCUAGCUUCUGUUACCCAUUAACAAUUAAUUUGCCAUGUUUGAACCCUUCUGAUGUAGUAACUUAAACUUAUGACUCUAAAUUAAUAUAAGUAUAUUUUUUAAAUUUUGGGCGUUUGCUUUGUAUCGCACUGCCAACAAUCCUUGUUUCUGUUGUAUAAUAGCUAGAUAUAAAUGUAAAAUUAAGUUUAUUAUUCCAAUAAAAUCAAAACAAAUUUUAUAGAAACAUUUUUUAUUACCUACAUAGAUACCGUAUUUAUAUGA